AAAAAAUUAUUUGAAAAAAAAAUUCAAUUUCAAGAAAACCCAAUUUCAAGCCCGAGAUUUUUCUUCUUCAAUUCUCAAUUUCACUUUUGCAGCUAAAUCAUCAAAAAUCGAAAAUAUACAACACCAUGACUGAUUACGAAGCUGAGAGAUACGAAGGUAACGGCGGUGCUGUUUUCGAAAACAACAGCUACGGUGCCGAUUCCUCUCCUCCGCCACGCGGCGGCGAUGAUCACAGCGAUUCCAAGUCUCAGCAUGGGUCUCGUGACUACGAGAGGGAGUCUUCAAAAGGCAGGGAGAAAGAGAGAAGCAGAGAUAGUGACAGGGACAGGGACAGGGACAGGGACAGGGACAGGGACAGGGACAGGGACAGGGACAGGGACAGGGACAGGGACAGGGAUAGGGAGAAAAGCAGGGGCAGGGAUAGGGAAAGGGACCGAGACAAGGAUAGUGAUCAUCAUCGUGAUCGACAUAGAGAUCGCAGUGAAAGAAGGGAUCGGGGCCGAGAUAGGGAUGAUGAUGAUUACUACCGAAGCCGAGAUUAUGACAGGCGGAGAGAUUAUGAUAGAGACAGUGAAGACAGACAUAGACGCUUGUCACGAUCUCGUUCAAAAGGUAGAUCUGAGCACAGAUCAAGGUCACGCUCACGAUCACGCUCUAAGAGCAAAAGGAUGAGCGGUUUUGAUAUGGCUCCUCCUUCUUCUGCAAUAUUGCCUAAUGCUGCCGCUGCUGCUGCCGCUUCAGGCCAGAUUGCUGGGACCACUCCUCCCAUUCCUGGAAUGUUUCCCAACAUGUUUCCAUUAGGGACUAGUCAGCAGUUUGGUGCUCUCCCUGUUAUGCCAGUUCAGGCUAUGACUCAACAGGCUACUAGGCAUGCUCGGCGGGUCUAUGUUGGAGGGCUUCCACCUACAGCCAAUGAACAGUCUGUGGCUACCUUUUUUAGCCAGGUUAUGGCUGCAAUUGGAGGGAACACUGCAGGCCCAGGGGAUGCUGUUGUUAAUGUUUAUAUAAACCAUGAAAAGAAGUUUGCAUUUGUGGAGAUGAGAUCUGUUGAGGAGGCCAGUAAUGCAAUGGCUUUGGAUGGGAUUAUUUUUGAGGGAGCACCUGUUAAGGUGAGGAGACCUAGUGACUAUAAUCCAUCUCUGGCUGCAACACUUGGUCCAAGCCAACCCAAUCCCAAUCUUAAUCUAUCUGCAGUGGGCCUUGCUCCGGGUUCGGCUGGUGGACUCGAGGGUCCAGACCGCAUUUUUGUGGGUGGACUUCCGUAUUACUUCACAGAAUCACAGAUCAGGGAGUUGUUGGAGUCUUUUGGACCCCUCCGUGGUUUUGAUCUUGUAAAAGACAGAGAAACUGGGAACUCAAAAGGCUAUGCAUUUUGUGUUUAUCAAGAUCUUUCAGUUACAGACAUAGCUUGUGCUGCUCUGAAUGGCAUUAAAAUGGGUGAUAAAACUCUCACUGUUAGGCGUGCCAACCAGGGCACCAACCAACCAAAACCUGAGCAAGAGAAUGUGCUAUUGCAUGCCCAGCAGCAGAUUGCAUUGCAGAGGCUUAUGUUACAGCCACAGCAACAGCCUGUGCCCACAAAAGUUGUAUGCCUAACUCAAGUAGUUACUGGAGAUGAGCUGAAGGAUGAUGACGAGUAUGAAGACAUUUUGGAAGACAUGAGAACAGAAGCCGGGAAAUUUGGUCAACUGGUUAAUGUUGUGAUCCCGCGCCCAAGACCAAACGGUGAAAAUGCACCAGGAGUUGGGAAGGUGUUCUUGGAGUAUGCAGACACUGAAGGUUCUUCAAAAGCUCGAGCGGGGAUGAACGGGAGGAAAUUUGACGGAAAUCAAGUUGUGGCUGUCUUUUAUCCAGAGAACAAGUUCUCCCAGGGAGAAUAUGAUGACUAAUUAGUUCUACAGGCUUCCACCACUAGAGUUUUGCUUUCAGUGAUGCCUUGUUAUUAGACCAUCAUGAUUAGAAUACUGUUUGUUCUCUAUGUUUUUAAUGAUAUAUAUAUAUAUAUAGCUUAGAAGUCUACUUUAUGGCUUUUGCUGUUUA